UUGUCUGUUUGACAUUAUUUAUUUAUUUUACUACAUUUUACACUGUAAUCACUCGAACUACAAAAUAAAACCAUGACAUAUUUACGACACUUUAGCCCAACAUACGGCUGUUCCUCCGCGUUGCUAGGGGUAUUUGCUAAGCGUCUUGCUUGUUGUUACUAUGACUACCAGCCUCGAAGGCGUCUGUUAUGAUGCUAUAUUAGCGUGUAGUUAAUUUUGCGUGGCUUUUUUUAUAUAUAAAAUGUGAUAAUUGUUUUUAUUGUAGAAACUCGGGUGGAAAUGAGCAUUCGAGCUGCGUGAAUAAGAUUUGGAAUCCAUGAGUUCCAGAAGCCCUACAGAGAUGGGGGAUGCCUUAGCGAAUGAGGCAGAUCUCCUACUGAUGAUCAGAGAAUACCUGAAGUUCUGUGAACUGGAGGAAACAGUGAAGAUCUUUGAGAGGGAAUGCAAGAGCAAAGGAAAGUCUGUGCGGAAAACGCGCAGUUUCUCUGAAGACCUCAAAACCGUACCCAUACAGAAAGAUCUGCUCAGCUCGUUUGAUGAUGGAGAGAUGACGGUUUUCUUCGAGCUGUGGACAGAACAUGUUCCAGCACACGUCCGUGACAGCGACACCACGGUACAGAAACUGGAAUUCUACCUGCACAUUUACUUCACCAUCUAUCCACUGAAGAACUCUGUUGGAAAGCAGGAUAAAGCCAGGUUCGCUGAGCGGAUCACUCAUUUUAAACACUUCUUGGAGACGAGAGGAGCGGCGCUGAGCCAAACCACAGAGUUCCUGUCAUAUUACGCUCUGCCAUUCGUUCCCAAUCCUGCUUCACAUCCGUCCUUCAAGGAGCUCUUUCAGGACUCCUGGACUCUAGAUUUAAGAAAAAAGCUUGAAAAGGUUUUGACCUUGACCCUGAAAGCGUCCACUACACCGAGGCUGCUCACACUAUACCGAGAGAGUACAACCAGCAACAGAGAGGAUGCGGAGCAGCUAUCUGAAGCACAGAAGCAGGUUUCAGCAUACAUGAAGAAGUUCAGUAAGAUCCAGGCUGAUUAUCACAACCUCAUCAGCGUGACUGCUGAACUGGUGGACUCAAUCGAGGCUACAGUCAAUGGGAAAAUGAUUUCCCCUGAGUAUCUGCAGAGUGUGUGUGUGCGCCUGUUCAGUGGACACAUGAGCCAGAGUGUCGCUGAAAGCAUCGAUUUUACACGGCCUGGAACAGCUUCGUCUAUGUUACGAGCAUCCAUUGCAGCACAGAGGAGUAAAGAUGUCCCACUGCUGCCCUCACUAGACUAUAACAAGCUAAAGAGGGACCUGAUCAGCGGAUCAGACAGACUAAAAUCUCUACUGCUGCAGGCCCUGCGCUGGAGGUUGACUCGCUCAGUGCAGGGUGAGCAGAGAGACACUGUUCUACAAGCCUACAUCAGUAACGACCUGUUAAACUUCUACUCCACUAAACAGAAAUCUGUGGUUCAUCUCCUCAAAUCGAAGAAUGAGACUGUGAGGCAGUACACAGUUCGCCUGAUUAACACCUUCGCCUCCUUGUCUGAGGGUGAGUCGUAUGUAUCUGUCUCAGUGUCCUCUCUGCUGAAACUUUUAGUUGAAUGUUUGCAGUCAGAGGAGAAGGAUUCAUUGACCAAAGAGAAAGUGUUGGGGACACUGAAUAUACUCAGCCACAGACGAGUCCAUCAGUCAGCUUUGAUCAGAUUGGGUCUAAUAGCGUGGUUGGUUGAUGAGCUGCAGGACCCGGAUUCUUUAUCUGAUUGCACAAUGGAGUACGCUGUAACUCUAUUGAUGUCCCUCUCUCUGCGCACUCAGGGAAAGCGAAAAUGCACCGAAAAAUCCAAACAUGUGCUGAAGGUACUGAAAGACCUGUUGGGACACGAAAGCCGUGAGAUCCGGUACUUUGUAAAUGGAGCUCUGUACAGCAUUCUGAGUGUCCCGACAUUACGACAAGAAGCGAAAGAAAUGAGUUUGGAGGAAAUCCUGCGCUGUUACAUGAAAGAGGACAAUCCCGAACUGAACAGACAGAUGGAGUUCAUCAUCAAACAGCUCAACUCAGAGGACACACCCAAAGAUGAGUUGGAGUCAGAGGAUGAAGAAGAGGAUGAAGAAAAUGACGAGGUGGUCAUCAAACCAGAUCUGGAUAAAGAAGAAGAUCUCCAGCCUCAGCCUGACGAGCUCUCAGGAGAACAGUUACUCACAACAGAGUAUCUGGGAAUCAUGACCAACAUUGCAAAGGUGAAAAGAUGGAGUAUUCAUGCCUCUCAGAGUGCAGAUGAUCCUCUCAGGAGACCUGAUUUACCCAACUCACACAGAAACACUGAACUAGACUCCUCCUUCAACUCUCGCCCAAGUACCAGCGAAUCCAUGAGGCGUUUACUGGAUUCCGUCUGUCGCUCAUCUCAGGGAUCAGUAGGAUCAGACAUGAACGCUCACUCACACAGUGAUGUCACUGUCCAGACCACAACUCCGCGCUCUGCUGGUGAUGACAUAGGAGGUGGGGUCCUGCCCAAAGUCCGCCCACUCGGCCCACAUUUCUCCCCCAAAGAGCCACAACAGCGUGUCAGCAAACCGAACAGUGCUACACACAGUGCGCAGUCGAACAGAAAGUGAAGAGAAACUCUGCUGAUGGACAGGCGGCUUCCUGUAACAUCAUUCCUAAAUCUGAUCAGGCCAAGAUGGAGAAGUACGCGAGGAAACAAAGCUCCUGAUUGUGGUCAGCGUGCGUUUUCAGGCAGCCCGAGCCACUGUGUAACCUUACACCACAAUAACACCUUUAUCAUCAGCACCACAGAUCCUACCCCCUCACCUUCACUCUGCUGAGCUUUCCACAUCACUUUAAACAAAAGAAAUCUUUGGAACUUGACAUAGAACUUUAUAAACCAAUUCCAUUGGGAUCCA